AUGAUCUUUUUGAAUAUUAUGCGGCCCCCUCUUAUUGUCACUCGCACUGGUACUACUUUCGCUACGGCACACUCAUUCGGCCUGCGAGCAGUUGAUAAUAUUCGACCCUACAAUAGACUUAUAAUCGGGGAUCGAAUACGUUCAACCACUACAGCCACUGCGGUCAAAUCCUCAUGGACACAUCCUGUAUACUCGAAGGACCAAAUCCUUAGUGUCCAAAUCGCACAUCGGAAUGCCAAAGAUUGGCCGGAUAAGUUGGCACUCGGAACAGUCCGCUUCCUACGCUGGGGCAUGGACCUGAUAACCGGCUAUCAUCACAAGCCAGCUGUCUCAAGGCAAUACAAGAUGACAGAGGAGAAAUGGAUCACAAGAUUCAUCUUCCUCGAAAGUGUCGCUGGUGUUCCGGGUAUGGUCGCCGGGAUGCUCCGACACCUGAAGAGUAUCAGGAGGAUGAAACGGGACCAUGGAUGGAUCGAAACGCUCCUUGAAGAAGCAUACAACGAACGAAUGCACCUUCUUACCUUUCUCAAGCUCGCUGAGCCGGGACCGCUUAUGCGAUUUAUGGUUCUCGCCUCCCAGUGCGUCUUUUUUAGCGGCUUUUCGGUGGCAUAUCUUAUCUCGCCUCGUAUCUGCCACCGAUUCGUCGGGUAUCUGGAAGAGGAGGCAGUCAUAACAUAUACAAAGGCUAUUGCGGACCUAGACAAUGGUCAUCUCCCCAAGUGGAGUAGCUUGCAAGCACCUCAGAUGGCGGUCAAAUAUUGGCAGAUGCCUGAGGGUCAACGAUCCAUGCGGUCUCUACUUCUAUACGUACGGGCGGAUGAGGCCAAACAUCGCGAUGUGAACCACACCUUAGGAAGUCUGGACCAGAACAAGGAUCCAAAUCCAUUUUCGGCCAAGUUCCGGGCUCAGGUCGAGAAGUCACGGCAGCCUAUACCUACAGCGACAGAUGUAUAGACAUAGAAGCACUAUCCAUUUUUCUAGAAACUAGUUCAAAUAUAUUGUUAUGGCCUUGGGGCAUAUUGGCUGCCUAUAUUUGUGAUUGCAGCUUAGAAUCCGUAAAAACGAGCCCAUAAUGCCAACACAUCGGUGUUUCAGUUGUAUCCAGGUGCAGAACCCCAAGCGUUUUCAAUCAUCAACUGUCCUUAGAAGCACGUUUGUGUGCUUGUCCCUUGUCGAUCUCCCCUUGGUGAGGUCCCUGCGUAUCCUGGUAGAACCACUGGAAAUAUUUUUGGAAUGAUAAAACGAUAAAUCCAAUCUGAUUGGAUGAUCGGCUAGAGCUAUCAGAGAGGGUAGGUGAGGCCUUUUAUAUAGGCAAGCCUAUACAAAAGUUCCUCAAGGUCCUACAGGUCCCCUUUUACUAGGCAACAUUGACAAUCGCGGAAAAGGCUAGUAAAUCAUCAACAUAUUCAGCGACCACCUGCCUUCUGCUGCCAGUCGAACCCGCUAUCUAGGCUAUUGACAGUAAAUCCCCAGCCGAUCUCUCUGGAAAACAUCUC